UUUUCAAAUGCGAAUAUUGGGGAAUUUUUCAUAUAAUUCUUAUUACAUAUUGAAAUUGCAUUUUCAGACAAAAUUGAAGCGGAUAACGGACGCCAUGCUGGAUUACUAUCAAUCAACACAAUUCAUAGUAACCUAAUAUAUCUUCAGUGAAAGUCUGUUUUUACUCUGCACCAUUUAUUAAGGCUACACCUCUUGAAAAGAACCCAGCAGCUUAACUAUAUACCCCCGAAAAACGUUUUAUAUAAAUAUCAAAAUCUUUUUCUCUUAAGAAUUAUUCUAGCAAAUUUCAAAAAGGGAAUAAAUAAUCCACAAAAUGUCACAGGCGAGUAAAAUAACAUUGUUGCUAUUUGUGACUGCUUUUGUUGUAACAGUCAAUUGCAACACUUGUUCUGUUAAACCAAUGGAGAAAGGCGUGGAUUUGAAUAGGCUUGCUGGAACAACUUGGUAUCAAAUGCUUAAUGCAGAUGAUCCGAUUGAUCGUGUCACACCUUGCUAUGUCGUGAAGUUUGGUGAAGCCACAGAAGAUGGAAUCAGCUUUGAAUUUGUUAUGCUAGACCCCAGUAACUUGGGUCGUGUUGAGACAUCUUAUCAACAAUUCUACAAGGAAGGACAAGCCUUCAGAUUCAAGAUGGAGAAUGAGAAAAAAUGGUUGAAGGCUUCGCUAAAGCAGGCGUUGGAUAAACCAAAAGAUGCGAGUGGAGACGAGAAGGAAUUACUCGAUCACUUCAAAUACCCUGUGCAUAUCUAUACCGACUACGAAACUUACUACAUUGGUAUUUUGUGCCUAGAAGAUAGCCCGGCAGUGUUUGCGUAUUCUUCCUACAACGGUAUCUCAGCUGAAACUACGGCAAAAAUAUAUAAUGCAAUGAUUGAACACGACGAUAUGCCUGUACCUUUAUAUUUCUCCAAGUGCCCUUUGAUAAAAAACAUUGAAGAAUAUUUGAAGUAAUUUGUCAUGAACAUUUUCAUUUGCUGUCAGAGCGGAUCGUAAUAUUGAAAUGUUAUCAUUGUGUAAAUAUUUGUAUUGUAACUGUUUUUUCAACACAGAGACUUGAAAUGAAACUCUGUUAAAGGAGAAUGAACAAUUAAAUUUAUUGUAAAGCAUUUUAAAGAGAAUAAACUUAUUCAACAUUUGUCAUGCAUUC